UAUUUUUUCUAUUUUUAAACAAAGGUAUAGGUAUUUUUGGAGGUCUGUUUACUACAACAGCUACUACCAAUGUUUUCCAUAUAUUUAUUUUUUUAAUUAGUAAACACAGCUCACCCGACAGACUUUUAUUUACAAAAUUAAUAUAUUACAGAACUCUUAUCGUUAACAAAAUGGGAGAACAGUUCAAAAUUAUUGAAUAUUCUUUAAUUAUUUUAUUUAUUGUUACAGGAAGUGUUUUCUUAAUAUCUACUAGUGAUUUAGUGUCUAUAUUUUUAUCGAUUGAACUACAAAGUUAUGGAUUGUACUUACUUUCUACUAUUUACAGAGAUUCAGAACCAGCUACUUCAGGAGGACUUAUGUAUUUCUUAUUAGGAGGACUAUCUUCUUGUUUUAUAUUACUAGGAACAGCUUUACUUUAUGCAAAUUCAGGUACUACAAACUUAGACAGUUUAUAUAUUAUUACUAGUAUAUCAAACGCAAGUAAAGAUAACAUUACAAGCCUUGUUUACUGA